AUGCUAAUCAAGAAAUCAUUGACUAAUAGCACCUAAAAAACUUAAAAGCAAGUCAUUUUGAUGAUAAAGAGCUAAAAAAAUAAAAGAAUUUUAAAUAUACCUGAAAUUAUGAAUGGAAAAAAGGUAAAUGAGUUUGAGAUUAGCAAGUAAGUGUUCCCAGAAGAAGUACCUUAAUUUGUUGGUGAUUUCAAAUAAAACAUAACUAUAAUGAGAUUAAGCAACUGCGUUCUACUUUUCAUUUAUUUGAUAACUAAUCAUCAUUACCAUAAAGAAGCAGUCGCUCUAGUAUCACUUCAAGAAAAUCGCCUAAAUGAGAAAUGUAAAUUAUAAGUUAAAUAUUUUUUAGUAAGCACCUUCGACAAAAGAUUUAUUACAAAUUACAUGAUCUAGACUUUCAUUAAUUUUUUCAUUUGUUAUCCUGGACUUGACUUUGAAUUCUACAUCACUAGUUUUGGUAUCAGUACUAAAUACACGAUCGGUGCUAUUAUAAUGAUACUAUAAUUCUUGAAAAUUUCUCCUUUCUCAGAUAUCUUACUGCUCAGAUCUAGAUAUACUGAUGCGAGAGCUGAGAGAUUAUGCGAGAAUAAUGGAAUAAAAGCUGAUUUCAAGUUCUUUUUCAAAGUAAACAUGAGACUUAGACCAUUAAAAAUAUUGGUAUUUGCAUAUGGGAUUGGCUUAAUUGUUUUCAGUUUUUGUAUUAUGAUAUUUGAGCAACAAAUAGAAGAAGGCGAAAUUUUAGAUCUGUCCUAAUCAAUGUGGCUAAUAAUUGUAACAUUCAACACUAUAGGAUAUGGUGAUUAAACUCCAGCUACUUUAUGGGGAAGAGUAUUCUUAAUUGUUGCAUGCAUUUGGGGAGUAUCAAUUUAUUCAAUAUUUGUUGUCAGCUCUCAAAAUCUAACCUACUUCCAACAAGAAGAUUAAUAAGCAUUCAAGUAAAUAGUUAUAGAUCAGGAUAAGGAAAAACUUAAAGAGUAGGCAGGAAAGCUAAUUAAGGCUUUCAUUUUCUACAAUUUUCUUAAAAUUAAAGAUAAAAAAUUCAUGUAUUAGAGAAAUAAUUCAAGAAUUCCUAAACUCUUUGAUAUACUUAAAUAAGCCAAAGACAUGAAGCAUCAGAAAGAACCAGAAACUGAAUUACUUUUAAUGAAAGCUGAAAGGCAAAUAUUAAUUUCAAAAGAAGAGACUGAAUUGAUGGCAGAGAAAGUAGACAGCUAAGGAUUCAGAGUUUGUGAGUUGAUGUUUAAUUAGAAGCAGUUGAGUAAGACAAUCGAUAAUUGUAGAGAUUUAUCUUAUUAGCUUGCAAACUUUGGAAAAUUCUUAAUGGAAUACGGAGGGGAUUUCCCAGUUUACAGCAUGAACUAAAUUGAAAAGAAAAGAGUUAAGACUAGUGAUGAAAUAAGGGAGAGUAUUAUUCAACACUUGAAUGAAAAUAUCGAGGAUGUAAUGCCUAAAGAUUCUCAAUAUAUUAGUGACUUUAUUCUCCAGCACAAUUUAAAUGCUUAAGAUCAAAUUGAGUUUGACCAGUCAGAGGACUGUUCUUCAUCCUCUUAAAACUCGAAUGAGUCAUAUUAUUCUGAGAACUAAUCACAAGAUAACUCCUCAUAUAGGAUACCUGAUUCUCCUUAAUUUGAGUAAGAUCUUAGUAGCAGGAUUUAAAAUGAAUCUAAUCUUUACACAAUUACAGAAACAUUUGGUCAUUAAUCAUUCGUGAAUAAGGAGAGGAAAACAGAGAUAUCUCAGAUAAUGAUAAGCGAUCUUGAUGAUAAAAAGACUUCUUGGGGUGUAACUACACCUUAAAAAGUAAAUGAAAAGACCUCUUAUCUAACUAAUAAGGAAAGAAUGGCUAAUAAUUUGCCUAAGCUAAAUUUUGAUGACUCUGGAAAAGUAAAGAAAAUAAAAAAGAAGCACCAGAAGAAAGAAUCAGUCACUCCAGAUGAGCGAAGAGAAUAUGAUAAAACUAAUUUGAUUGAUUAAAAAGAUGAAUUAAUUAGGGAAAAUAGUGAACAUAAUCUAAAAUAAAAUGAAGGCAUCGAUAAACAUCUAAGGAUAAUUAAAAGAGGAAUAUAAUAAAAAUAGUCAAAGCAUUCUCUUGCUCCAAUAGGAUAGAAACUAUUAACAGACAGAAGUGCUAAUGAGCUUAUAAACAAAAUAUAGAAAAGUCCUACUUCUCUGAGAGAGCAUUAAGAGUAGUCAGCGAUUACUAUAAAUGAUGAAGAAACUAAAAUCCCAAUCGUUAAGAAAAAAUUAAAGAAAGUGAUUGAUUUCAAUUAAUAUGGCAAAAGAUGGAAGUAUUUGAAAGAUAAUUUAUAGAGUCCUGAUCAUAAAAUCUAUUUAAAGGGCUGA